UCAGAUUCUGUGUCUCCCUCUCUCUCUGCCCCUCCCCUGCUCAUGCUCUAUCUCUCUCUGUCUCAAAAAUAAAUAAAAACAUUAAAAAAAAAAGUUGCGGAUAUUUGCACUACACUGCUUAGCUUCCUGUCCACCUGAUUCCACACUAUAGAAAGAUAGCGUAUUUGUUUAUUUUCUGUGUAUACCAUCAGCCUCUGCCUUACAUUUUCCCAGAUCCUAAUUCUGUGGUGUGUUCCAUUUAUGGCUUUUUCUGUGGACUCAGACAGAGCAUGGUUCCAGAGUAUAUUUCUAAAAAUAGAAUCCGCACUCCUAUUCAGUAGAACAAUAUCAGGGCUGGGCUCUAGAAUCAGAUUACCUGGGACUGAAUCCUGAUUCAAAAAUUUACUAUUUCUGUAGCCCUGGAAGUUUUUUUUUUUUUUUUUUAAAUAUAUUCACUGACCCUCAGAACCCGUAUUUAUAAAAUGAGUAUAUUAGGAGACUACUUCUUUGAAACUCUUCUGAAAAUUAAAUAAAUUAAUAAAUAUUAAAUGCUUAUAAGGGUGCCUGGAACAUAUUAAGUGCCAUGAAAUGUAAGUUUUUAGUCCGUGUUGUUAUUAUUAUGAUUAGAGGAGGAGGAGGAGUAAGCUCUGCUACCUAGUGUGCAAGAUCCUAUACAUGAUACUUAGGUUCCUGUAUCUCUUACCAAAUCCAAAUAUUCUAUAUUACAAAUUUAAUCUAGUAAUCUGAGUGUUAAUGAUAAAUUUAUGACAACCGUAUAGUCAGCAGUAGCAUCAGACUGAAAUUGACCUUAGCACCAUGUUCACCCUGCUGACAGAGAUGCCAUUUGCCCCUUAAAUCUGAUUGGUUGUUCUACUUGGAUCUUGAAUCCUCUCUUUUAUUACAAAUCUUCCUAAACUUAAAGAAAGUUGGCUGGAACCUUACUACAAGUCUUAGUUCUUUCUGGUUUGUUUUCUAAUUGACAACAUGUGAAAAUCUUAACCUCAGCCAACUUUAGGAGCCAAGCCAUUUAUGAACAUGUUUGGGAUUGAGGAUAUUUUCCUUUGUCUCUUGAAUAUUGCUUGGAUUUCUCUGUGGGGAGUCCAUCUACAUGAUUGGAUUUUUUAGUACUAGCUGCUGCAGUUGGAAUUGUGACUGAAAUAAGACUGAAGAUUUAAAAGCUCAGAUGCCAGAACAAGACUCUAGGGCUUUGGAUUCCAAUACUGGUAAAUGAUAUCUGUGUGACUAGUAAGUUACUUUGCAUUUCUACACUUCAAUUUCCUUAUCUGUAAAAUAGAGAUUGAAAAUAAACUUCCUCAUAGAAUUAUCAUGAAGAUUAAAUAAACUAACACAUAUAAAGUACUUAGAACUAUGCCAGACUCAUAGUAAGCAUUCAGUAAGUGUUAGUCAUUAUCAUCAGACACAGCUGGAACUCCUUGGUUGAAGAAGGCAGACUUGUAAUAAUAUUGUCUUCAUCAGGUCUCCAUCUCACGUCCUAUAUUUCUCUUAGUUUAGGUUCCUGAAAGAAAAGGCUAAGAAAAGAACUUUGGUGCAGAUAGCUUAUUGCAAAAGUGAUUCCAGGAAGUGGUAUAAGGAAACAGUAAGAGUGAGACAGGAAACAACUAAACACCAGUGAAGUUUGGAUUAUUGAAGUUGAUACUCUAGACCAUGCAUUCUGUAUGGGGGCAAUAUAAAUCCCAAAGUUCUUAGAAGAAGAGAGAAAUGUUAGACAUCGCAAUGUUUGUGGUCCUCUAGAGGGCUGCAGUAUAUAAACAGAUGUACAGUAUAUCUGUGCUAUUCAAAUUUCAUUCUGAAUUCAUCUAAAACAAAAUUCUGAAAAAGUCCUUCAGGGACUAUAAUAAUAAUGAUAAUAGUAAUAGUAAUAAUAAUAAACAUGGCACAGACAAUGGGGACUUAACUCCAUAGAGCUCAACCUGUAAGAAUCAUACAGAGUGCUUCCCAGAAAUAUCUGGUGUCUUUAUUCAUCAGUUUUCCUUUGCACUCUGGUUAAAGAUUGUCUUUGGGGAUUAACUUGCCCAUACUUCAACAUCUUGGGCAGAAUGCUAAAAGACAAGGUGGGGGAGCUCUUGACUUAGAAUGUCAGCAGUGCCAAGCAAGUCAGAAUUGUCCACUACAGCUGAUGCUAAGGUCAGAGGUGAGCUGAAACUGGGCAUUAUGGAGUAGUAAAAUUCACUAAUAUCUAGUUCAGAAGUUUAAGCUCCUGCUUAUUACUGGCUUUUUUUUUUCUUGAAUAGGGCCUUAGCCACUGAAGUCUUAUUAUGUUACAUUUCUGAAUGUCACAUUUUUUCAUGAUACUUUUCCUUUUAAUCAUGUGAAAUAUUUAUACAAGGGCCAGGAUUAUGAUCCAUGGGUGUAUAUUUUUCUUUUCUUCCUUUACCUUGUUUGGAUUGCUACUUUAGAAGCCUCUUUUAAAAAUGGUAUGGAAGGGGUGCCUGGGUGGCUCAGGUGGUUAAGCAUCUGACUCUUGACUUUGGCUCAAGUCAUGAUCUCACAGUUGGUGAGAUUGAGCCCCACAUCAGCCUGUAUGCUGACAGCCAGCGUCUGCUGGGGAUUCUUCUCUUUCCUCUCUCUCUGCUCCACCCACCCACUGCUCACACAUUCUCUCUCUGUCUCAAAAUAAAUAAACAUUAAAACAAUAAAAAAUAAAGAUGCUAUGGAAAAAAAGCCAGAACUAAUAGCUGCAGUUUAUCUGUUGGCUUUGAAACCAUAUUUGAAACUCCUACUCUAUUAUGAACAAAUUUAUUAUUGACCUCUGUGUUUUGAUUUUGAAUUAUAAAAGCAAAAGUGGUUUUAUUGACUAAACAAGUUCACCUCAUUCUCAGACUGCUAAUCCAGGUAAAUACAAAAUAUUUAUUGAGAAGAAAAAAAUUAAAUUGAUCCAAAGACAAUUCCCCGAUAACACUUCACGGUAAUUUAGCAAUAUGUAAGUAUGUUGAUAUCAGGAUUAGUUGAGAAGCCAUUUCAAGUAGGAUACUCAGCCUACCAAAUGGAUCAAGCAAAGAAAGACGUGCUUAAAAAGUAUGUAACAGCAAUAUGCAUCCUAAUGCCAACUGGCACCUACCAGGAAGCAUCUGAAAACAAAUAGUCCAACAAGGUGCACUUGUUAUCAUUGUGCUUGUUUAUAAAGAUUGUGAAAACUGAACAUUCAGAAUGCAUGUGUUUUCUUUCUGAUGACAGGUAAACAGGAAUAAACAUUAAUGGGAGAAGGAAACCAAACUUCUGUGGCUGAAUUUAUCUUGCUGGGACUUUCACAGGAUCCAAAGGUCCAGAUCCUGCUGUUCUGUGUUUUCCUUACCAUUUACCUUCUCUCUGUGUUUGGAAACCUGCUUGUAAUAAUCCUCAUUCAAAGUGACUCUCGACUUCACACUCCCAUGUACUUUUUCCUCAAAAACUUGUCCUUUGCUGACCUCUGUUUCUCUACAAGCAUUGUUCCUCAGAUGUUGGUCCACUUCCUCAUAAAAAGGAAAACCAUUUCCUUUGCUGGAUGCUCACUGCAGAUAAUUGUCUUCCUUUUAGCAGGGUGUACAGAGUGUGCACUUCUGGCAGUGAUGUCCUAUGACCGCUAUGUGGCUGUCUGCAAGCCCCUGCAUUAUUCCACUGUCAUGACCCAGAGGGUUUGUGUCCAGUUGGCCAUAGUGUCUUGGAUCAGUGGGGCAUUUGUAUGUUCAGUGGACAGUGCAUUUACACUGUGUCUUCCCUACCAGGGACAGAAUAUAAUUAAUCAUUAUUUUUGUGAACCUCCUGCACUCCUGAAGCUGGCUUCAGCAGACACCUACAAUGCUGAGAUGGCUCUCUUUUCAAUGGGUGUGAUUAUCCUCUUAGCACCUCUCUCCCUCAUCCUUGUCUCCUACUGGCAUAUUAUCUCAACAGUGAUUCAGAUGCAGUCAGAGGAGGGGAGGCUCAAGGUCUUUUCUACCUGUGGCUCUCAUCUCACUGUUGUGGUUCUCUACUAUGGCUCUGGAAUAUUUGCCUAUAUGAGACCCAAUUCCAAGACAAUGAAUGAAAAGGAUCAGGUCGUCUCUGUGUUCUAUUCAGUUAUGACUUCCAUGUUGAACCCCAUAAUUUAUAGCCUGAGGAACAAGGACGUGAAGGGUGCUCUCAGGAGGCUGGUUGGAAGAUAGUCUGCCUUCAGAGGCAGUGAUUUCUGACAUUUUUCUUAAGCACUUGGAAGAUUAUGACUGACAACAAUAGCUCUACUACUAUCCUUGUCCUUUCUUUCCCUCACUUUAUAUGCUCCAGUUGAUUUUUCUUCUCCACACAUAUUCAUUAAAUGCCUAUUCAGUGCAAGCAUUGUGUCUAGAACCUCACAAUAUGUAAAACUUUGUGUCUUCCUUAAAAGGUUUCCUUACCUCUGGGUCAACAGAGUCAUGUUCUGUCUUGUACUCUUUUGUUUUCUUAUGGUCUCUUUUUGUAGCUCUUUCCUGAGGGAAAUAUUUUCCUAGCAAAGUAAACUCACCGUUGAAAUGUUGGACCAAGGGAAAAAAUGGAUUAAUCUCCCUGAACAUAUUUCUAGCAUCCUUCACCUAUUAAUGAACUGGAAAACCCAAGUUGUCAUACAGUCACCUGUGGGCUUGCUGAGGUUCUGUUUCCACGUUUCUGACUAAAUCAACAGUGACUGGUUAAAAAGUCAGCAUUCUUUUCAGACAUAAGGAUGUCUUAUGAGAUAUACCCAUAGAUGCACUACCUCAAACUGCCUUAUUUCCAGUUAAAAGUGAUUGAAUCCUAUAGUGUUUCUGUAACUUUCAGGCCCUCCUUGGCAAUGAAUUUAACUGUACUGCAUGAUGACCCUUUCUAAAGCAUUCCUUUCUUCUUUCUCUUUUCUCCUUCCUCCAUUUUUUUGUGGAUGAUUUUGUGCAUAGUGUGUACAGGUAUGAAAGAGUGUGCAAGUAUGUACAGUUGUCUGCAUGUGUAUGUGUGUCUGUUGUCUGUGACAUGUAAGCUUGACUAUGUAGAAUUCUCUACCAAUAUUAUUGAAUCGGAUUUCUUCUCACCCCUUUACUAAGUACUAUAUUAUCUUAGGCCAGUCUCACCUGUCCCCUAAUUAUUUUCCAUGCCCUCCUCAGUUUUGUAGCUGUCUGCUACAAUGAGUAGCAGAAUAAGUUUGAGAGUGAUUUCAAAUUUAUCACUUUGUUCUGGAAGGAGUAGAGAAUACAGGUGAAUUCAACCUCAGAAAAUAAAAGUAAAUGUUUCCUUUUUUGAUUAUGAAAGGAAUAAUGUGAGAGUAUUAAAAAACAAAAUCACACAUAAUUCCCCCUCAAGGAAUAAGUCCUGUCAACAUGUCAAUUUUAUCCUUUCAGAAUUCUCUCUCUCUCUCUCUCUCUCUCUCUCUCUCUCUCUCUCUCUCUUUCUCAAGAAUGCAUGCAGUGUUGGCGAGGUAAUAAAAAUUAAAAUUGCUUCAUGUACGUGAAGAACUUGAAUAAGUCUCAUUGCUUUGAAUGGGGUUUCUUUUUCCUGAUACAUUUCACUAACCCCCCAGUGAAAAGAAUCUGAAUAAAGAUCCUGCCAACCUUCUUCCGAAUGGAUAUGAAUCUGUAGAAGACUGUUAGCCCAGAAGGUUAGAGGACAAUAGCAUAAUAUUUAAACCAAUUAUAGAAAGUUUGGGGUUUGAUAAUAGGGGCAGGAGCUCCAAAAUGUCAUUACAAGAUUUGGUACUGAAAGUGGCUGGUGUGAACAACCACCAGAAAUAUUUUGGACAGGAAAAAUUAAUCACUGAAUUAAGGUGAGAUUGGCAAAUUGGGGCUGGGGAGAAGGAAAGAAAAGAGAGAAAAGACAAAGUAAAAGAGGUAAGUCCAAGAUCUAGGUGUCAGUAGGUUUGGUUUCUCCUGAGUCCUCUCUACUUAGUUUGCAUAUGGCAAGCUUUUCUCUGUGUCCUCACAGGGCCUUUCCUCUGUGUACUUGUACCCCAUAUAUCUCUUUGGGUGUGCAAAUUUCCUUUUCUUAUAAGGACGCCCCUCCAAUUAGAUGAGGGCCCACCAUAAUGACAAAGUUUAACCUAAUCACAUCUUUAAAGGCCCUAUCUUCAUUAGCUGGUCACAUAUGCCUCCCCCUUAAUAGUUUUUCCUCUGUUGGGAGGUCGCUUUUAAGCCUACCAAGUGGUUCUAUUGGCCUGAGUCCCUUUUACAGAGACUUGGCUAAUUCUCUUCCAUAGGAUUCACAUAAGGCCAAGUGGAGUCAUGCUUGUUCCUAUUUCGUUAAAUUCUGGGAGUGUGGAAUGCUGUCUCUUCUCUUCAACCAGGGAGACUAUACCAGUCCAUAAUUGACCUUAGAUUUUUUAUUUGUGAAGAAGGUACUUGUUCUAACAUUAAUCAAAUUCCAGAUUAGACACAAAAGUGCUUUUGAAGCUCUUGUCACUUGAGGUGAGGGGAAGCACCUUAUUUUCUCAUGGAAGGAAGAGUAAGAAUAUCUUCAAAGUAUUCCUCUCCACCAGCUUCCAACUAUCUCUAUUUUCAUACCAUAGUAGGGUUUAAGGUUUAUUGCCUAUAAAUCAUCUAUUCAUCACUUCCAUAUAAGUUUUCCCUAAUGUUUGGAAUUUGGAGGUACAUGAAAAAUGCCUCCAUGGAUUUUAGAUAAUAUUUCUGUUCUAUUAAAUUAGUAUACAUGCAAUAAUCUAGCUGAAAUUCUAGGAAAUUCAGUCAGUCAAGUAGUACCAUUUAAAAAUAAUGUACUGUGUUAUAUUUAUUUACUCUCCAUGACACUCAUUAUUCACCCAUUUUUUAAAUCUCUUCAUCAUUUUGUACAUUCCAGUAAAUUUAAGACUAUACCUUUGAGCAAUGUCAUUUAUCUUAAAUAUUAUUGUCUUACAAUAGCGCAGUUAGGUCAAUGCCUUCCACAUAUGCUUGUGACCCUUAUCGUUUCAGGGCAGUUUGACUUCCACUAGCGACUAUAAGCAUCUUUUGCAUCCGGACUUUCUUUGGCCGAUAUGCCAGUUCUGCUCACAUGCCCAGAAGGCCUGUGGCCCAGGGAAUUAAUGUCCCCUGCAGCAACCAGGACUUGGAUGAUUGGUGACAGUUGGUGUCUGAAUACCCCAGAUCCUUCACACCUUAGGUGCGAUAUACGUCUGAGGUACAUGUUCUACUCUUCUUUCUCAGAGUUCUCCAGGAGGAUUAAGAUCCAGUUGCCCACAGUAACUUGCUUGAUGACACAACCUUUAUUUGUUCUUUUGCUUUUCUGUCCCACUUCCCCAUCCUAUUAGUUUUAAACUAUAAUCACUCCCUAAAUGAACUUUUUUCAUUCAAAUCCUUGCUCAUGGUCAACUUCUGAGGGACCCAGACACACUCAUUGUUUAUAAAUUAUGUUUCCCGUGCUACAAAUUGUUUCAGCUGCAUGCUAUCUGCUCAGUCCUUUGAUGUUAAUUAAAAACUGUAUCCUCUGGGUGUCUGAAUUAAGGAGGUAAAGAAAGGGAAAAUAUGGGGGAAAACUCUGACUUGGACUAGCUUCUGUACCAUUAGAUGAUAUUUUUCCAUUUUCUGGUCUGGGAAACCUCUUUAUUUUGGAAUUAAACAUAAAUAAAACUUAGCCUAAAUUAUUUGGGUAUGUCAAGUUUUAAAUUCCCAAGUUGGAAGCAAAACUUGUUAUUUACUUUUUUAAUUUUUAAAAAUGUUUAUUUAUUUUUGAGAGAGAGAGAGACAGAGCACGAGCAGGGGAGG